AUGUUUAAUCUGCUGCUCUUCACCUUGGUCCUUAUUAUAUACAUUGUGACAAUAUGUGGAAACUUUCUGAUCAUCAUGUUGGUAUAUUACAGCAAGACCCUUCAUUCCCCCAUGUACUUCUUCCUCUCCCAACUCUCUAUUUCUGACAUCAUGAUGAUCACAGAUAUUGCUCCUAACAUAUUAAAUAUUGUUCUACAUGAGAGGACCUCCAUAUCUUAUUUUGGUUGUAUCACUCAAUAUUAUGUCUUUGGUUCAACAGAAGGAUUUGAAUGUUUCCUUCUGACAGUGAUGUCCUAUGACCGCUAUCUAGCCAUUUGCUCUCCUCUGCAUUAUGUCUCCAUUAUGAAACAAACACUUUGCUUUAAACUAGUUCUUGCAUCCUGGAUUUUCAGCUGUUCUGUGGCAAUAAUACCAAUACUUGAAAUAAGUCAACUAGAAUUCUGUGGACCAGAUGUUAUUGACCACUUAUUUUGUGAUUUCUAUCCUCUUGUGGAACUUUCCUGCUCAGAUACAUCCAAAGUUCAAAUGGAAAUUACUGUGUUGUGCUUCCCUGUGCUAAUAUUACCCUUCCUAGUGAUAGUGGUUUCAUAUACUUACAUUGUUUUAACAAUAUUAAAGAUGUCCUCCUUUUCGGGAAGACUGAAAUCCUUUUCCACUUGUAGCUCCCAUCUCACCGUUGUGUUUAUAUUUUAUGGAACCCUAAUUGCUGUAUAUUUGAUUCCAAAGAAAGGACAAUCACAAAUGAUCAGUAAGAUCAUGUCCAUGUUGUAUACAGUGUUUACUCCCUUUGUAAACCCUUUCAUAUACAGCUUGAGGAAUAAAGAGAUCAAGGACAAUUUAAAGAUGUUAUAUAUAAACAAAAGGAUUUUUAUUCAAAACCUUUGGUACAAGUAAAAUUAUUCAGAUACAUCUGUAUGGUCAAAACCAUAUUCGCCAGAGUUCGCCCCCAUUUGCUACUAUACCAAAGAUACAUUGAUGAUCUUUUUUUCAUCUGGGAGGGGAGUUUGGACACAUUACAACAAUUAUUAGAGGAAUUGAACGAUAAUGGAAAUAAUAUCAAACUGACUAGUGAGUAUAGUCUGACCAAUAUACAACUUUCUUGACGUUGAUAUUUUCAGAAUAGGAAACAGGUUGGGAACUAAAGUAUUCUUUAAACCCACUGACUCUAACAGCUAUGUGCCCACUAGUAGUGGCCAUCAUCUGAUGUGGCUCAGGAACAUCCCGAAGGGGCAGCUAACUAGAGUUAAAAGGAAUUGCUCUGAGGAUAAAGAUUUUUUAUUGCAAGCUCAAAUUAUAAAGGAUAAAUUUACAGAGAAGGGAUAUCGAGAGGAGACGCUUGACUCCAUUAUCUCUGAAUUAUCCUCUGUACCCAGGGAAAAUCUACUCUGUGAAGUGAAUCGGCCCGUAACAAGUACUGAACGAGAGUGGAACUUUUUUUCGGGUUUCCACUCUCAAUAUAGAGAGGUUGAAGAGAUCUUUGCCAUUCACUGGCAUGUUCUUUUGAUGGACAAGGUUCUCUCUUCAGUUUGCCAUCUAAACCAGGUUUUGUGUAUCGGAGGGCCUCUAGCUUUGCGGACAAGAUAGUCUGUAAGGUUGUGGAUCCCCCUUCUAGUCCGUCUUCCUUCUGCGAUAGAGAUGUUUUUUAUGCUUGCAGAAGAUGU